AUGCCGGACCGCGACGAAGACAGACGCAACGAUGAGACACAGCCGCUCCUCGAAAAUGGCUCACUAGACGGCGGUGAAGGAGGCGAUGCGAGAGAACUUGUGGAAUUCGGCAAAGACGACCCGGGAGAUCCAAGGAAAUGGAGUAAUACGAAGAAAAUGCUGAAUGUCACCGUCAUUGCUUCUAUGGCUGUCUUGUCGCCGCUGGCGAGUUCAAUGUUCACGCCCGGUAUCGACCAGAUCGCAGAUGGAUUGAACACGACGACAGACGCUGUUAUCGCGUGUACGACUGGAUUUGUGAUCAUGCUCGGGAUCGGUCCUUUGAUACUGGCUCCGCUGAGUGAGACGUUCGGAAGGAGACCAAUGUAUUUGAUUUGCUUUGGUGUAUUCGCUCUUCUGCAGAUUCCCUCGGCUCUCGCACCGAACAUCGCAACGCUGAUCGCCAGCCGCACCCUUGCCGGGUUCUUCGGAAGUGUUGGCAUCGCAAAUGGAGGUGGCUCGCUCAGCGACAUGUUUGAGCCAAGUCAGAGAGCAGGUGUCUUUGGCUGGUAUCUUUUGGGGCCUCUUCUCGGACCAACCCUCGGCCCUCUCUUCGGCGGCGUAAUCGUCCAACGCCUCGACUGGCGCUGGAUCUUCUGGAUCUUGACGAUAAUCUGCAUCCUCUCCACCGUAUCCGCCUACUUCUUCCUCGUCGAAACCUACGCCCCAGUAAUCCUCGCCCAGCGCAAAGCCCGGCUCGAAACCGAGCACGGCACUUCCAACGCCUACCGCUUCCCAGGCGAAGACGAUCGCUCCUUACCGGCCAAACUCCGCACAUCCCUCACCCGCCCGCUCCGCAUCCUGAUUCAACCCAUCGUCCUCACAAUGUCCAUCUACCAAGCCAUCAUCUUCGCCACGACGUACAGCAUCUACACCAACAUGCAAGCCGUCUACCAGGGCGAAUACGACUUCUCCACCGAACAAGUCGGCCUCCUCUACCUUGGUCCGGGUCUCGGUUUUCUCACCUGCGUCUGGUUCGUGGUUCCGCGAAUCGACACGGUCUACAACCGGCUCACCGCGCGCAAUAAUGGCAAGGGACACCCGGAGUACCGUCUCCCACUAGCCAAUAUCGGCAGCGUCCUCAUUCCUGUCUCCCUCUUCUGGUUCGCCUGGACAGUUGAACUGCACGCGCACUGGACCGCUUCCAUCGCCGCAACAUUCUUCUACGGCAUCGGGCAAGUCAUCAUCCUCAACACGACGACGAACUACUACAUCGACUGUUUCGAGCAGUACGCCGCCUCAGCCAUCGCCGCAGGAGCCGUAUUCAGGAGUGUGGUCGGUGGAAUCAUCCCGCUGUUUGCUCCGACUUGGUUCGAGAAGUUGGGGUAUGGGUGGGGAGUGUCAGUGUUUGGUUUCCUCUCUGUCGUCAUAGCACCGGCACCGGCCGUGUUCUAUUUCUAUGGAGGAGUGUUGAGGGAGAAGUUUGCUAUCCAGCUUUGA